UGCGAGCAAGGACGAUCCUCAAAGAUUGAUCUGAUUUCCGCGCUUCCAUUACCGUUUAUUCCCUCUUACCAGUUAAUCAGUCUUCUAUAUAGAUUUUAAACAAAAAAAUAUAAUAAUAAAUAUUGUGCCACAUUUUUAGGUUGCCUUAAUUACUGGAUCUUAAGAUAAGAACAACAAACUUCUUCAACCUACACGGACAGAUCGAUAUGCUGCGAACCCCAUUAGGCAAAUUUUACCUAUAAUAUAGUGAACGCACCUCGAUGCCUGUUAAAAUGAAAUCGACAAACGCUACUGAGCUACGAAGAACUAAUAUGAACAAAAAGUUUCAUAAAUAACGGCUGAAGCAUUUUAAAAUAUGGCCACUCCGUCUGACAGUCCAAUAGAGGAGGUUGUGUUCGACCUAGAACCGUCCAGAAUACCCAAACCCAUUCCGGUGGCCCUAGAAGACUUGUGUCGGCUCACCAAGUUUACCAGACAAGAAAUUCGGAUCAUGUACAGGGGUUUUAAAACUGAGUGUCCAGAGGGUGUUGUCCAUGAAGAGAGUUUUAAAGAUAUAUACGCCAAGUUUUUUACUAAUGGCAAUGCCAGUUUAUAUGCGCAUUACGUUUUCCGGGCCUUCGAUGUAAACUGCAACGGAGCCAUCAGUUUUAGAGAUCUCCUUAUAACAUUGUCGACCUUACUAAGAGGAAGCGUAUACGAAAGACUCAGAUGGACCUUUAAAUUAUACGAUAUAAACGGGGACGGGUGUAUUAGUCGUGGUGAACUAACAGAAAUAAUUGUAGCAGUGCACGAACUUAUGGGUAGGAGGGCACAUCAGGUGGAAGAAGAUCGUAAAGCAAGAGAACAAGUCGACCGAGUGUUCAAAAAGUUGGACCUGAACCAAGACGGAGUGAUAACAAUCGAAGAAUUUAUGGAGUCCUGCCUAAAAGAUGAAGUCAUUACGAAGUCCUUACAAAUGUUCGAUUAUAUUCUGUGAUAAGUUUACCCAAGAGAGUUAUAUAUUAAAUCUGUCAAUCCAACUAUUAUUUUUCAAUUUCAAUAAAAAGUGUUGACAAGUUAUUAACAAAAAAAUACCUUAAAGUAGACAUAUUUGUAUGAAUUGUUGUGGAUACCUAAUAAUAAUGUGUAAAAGUUUAAGAGUAGUAAA